GCUCUUCAGAACCUCUUAAGAUUCUAGCGAAAAUUAAAGAUUCCUCUCCAGAAAACUCUCUGACCCUUGGUUUCUGGUGGUUUGGAAUCCCGUUCUUGAGCCGAGGGAGGGGCUGAGGGUCUUUACGCAGGCUCCAGGGCCCUCUAGGGGCCUCUGUCUCUCCGGGUGGGGCUGAGGAGGCGGGGCUGCGGGCCUCCUUAUCUCCACAGCCAGCUUUGGCUCCCUGGCGCGGGGCCCCUCAGUCUGGGCCCUUUCCCAUGGGGUCUCUGCUCCCCCUCUCGCUGCUGGUUUUGCUGGCGGCUGCCUACCGGGGAGGCGGGAGCGCGCGUUGGCGCCGGGCUGCGCGGGCUCAAGGCCCCGGAGGCCACUCUCCGGGGCCCUCGGAGACCUCGGCGUCCUUCUGGGUGCGCGUGAGCCCGGCGUUCAAGGCCGUGCCGCCGGGGGGUUCAGUGUGGCUUAACUGCAGCAGCAGCUGCCCCCUGCCGGAGAAUUCCAGCCUCAGCACUCGGCUGCGGCGGGGCCGAACGCUUAGUGGGCCCGGCUGGGUAUCCUACGAGCUGUUGGAUGUGAGGGCCUGGAGCUCCGAGGUGCGCUGCUUCGUCACCUGCGCAGGAGAAACGCGGGGGGCCACGGCCAAGAUCACCGCCUACAAACAGCCGCACAGCGUGAUCCUGGAUCCCCCAGUCUUAGUGGGCAGUGAGUACACGCUGCGCUGCCACGUGACACACGUAUUCCCCGUGGGCUUCCUGGUGGUGACUCUGAGGCGCGGCGGCCGGGUCAUCUACUCUGAGAACCUGGAGCGCUUCACUGGCCUGGACCUGGCCAAUGUGACGCUGACGUACACGUUACCCGCUAGGCCCCGCGACUUCUUGCAGCCCGUGACCUGCCACGCACGCCUCAAUCUUGAUGGCUUGGUGGUCCGCAGCAGCUCGGCACCCAUGACGCUCACAGUCCUCGCUUGGAGCCCCGCGCCCAAGGUCUUGGCCUCCACCUCCAUCGCGGCCUUUGUGGGGAUCCUUCUCGUCGUGGGGGCCACCUACCUGCGAAAAUGGCUAUUGAUGCAGUCCCGGGGUGCAGAGGGGGUGGUCCAUGACCGCUGAGCCAGAAGAAAAAGGAAUCAGAAGCAAUUUGGGGAACCCUGACUGGUUCAAUAAAGCCUUCCUCAGUAAGCCUCUGUCCCAUGGCCUAAACGUCCCCCAUUAGGGUUCCUUUUUGGCCUUGCCUCAAUCACUUUCUCCAAGUUCCUGGUCUCUCUUAGGGCACCUGAGGUUUCCUCAUUCUCAACCACCUGGGGACCUGGGCGUCCCAGUCCCUCUGCAUUUCCAGCCAAGUGUGGCAAAGUACUUCUCCUGCAGGCAUUAUCAGAGGGGUGCAGAUAGGCAUAGUUUGGGUACUGGAGGGCUUUGGGCUGUGGUGGUGGUAGGAGAUGGCUCACAGUAUGGUUUUUCCCGAUUGGCUCUGCUGCUGCCACGCUGCAGCUCUGAUUGGAUGUUAAGUUUCCUUUCCUAUCCCCCACCCCCCUUAAAACCUAGCACUUUCCUGGAGGACAGGGGUGGAGCGAGAACUGGCCCCCACAGUUCACUGUUAGUGCUGGGGGGAGAGCACAAAUGGGAGGGGGCCCAUGACAAUGAGGGACAGAGCUAUGAAGAAAAGGUGCCCAUGUGGUGACUGCAGGGAAGGAGCAAUCAGAUGGCCCACGUGGGGUGUCCCAGACUCAUGUCCUGGCAAUGUCUUGAUAGUCACCGGGCACAUGCGGGGGUGUCAAAGCUUGGGGCCCGGAUGAAGGGUCGAAGUGUUAUAGUUGGUCUCUUGGUCUCGCGUGGACAGAAUCCGAGCCCGCACUGGGUAUCUGGCAGGGCCCGGGCUGUCCAGGGCCCUGCCUACCGCGCGGAAAGCGGAUUCUGGGGUGCUCUUCCGAGGCUUGAGCUCAUACACGCCGCGUAGACACGUGCCCGCUGCACGCUGGGUAAAUACAGACCCAGAGCGGAGCCGACCCUAAUUUAGACGCCCGCGAACGCUGCGCGCAUGCACACGUGUUCCCGACUCGCUGGCACUUUCGUCCCCACCCCCUCUGUCGCGUGCGGGGGCGGAGCCGGAGGGGGACUAGGGGCGUGGCUGUAAGCCUCAGCUCUCCGGGUCAAAAGGAGAAGGAUCCGUGAGGGAGGCCUCCCCACACCCUUCCCU